GUUGUUUGUUGAUUUGGAAAGUGUAAAAUUCCGACUUCCUCGAAUGCAGCAUAAAUCAGGAGCGUAUCCUGGGCACUAUGGAAAUGCGCACGAGAAAUGAAUGAAAACAAUGGACACGACUCACCGGUGAUGGAAUAAACGAGCCCAGACCGCAUUUCUGUGCACAUCAAGAACACCGAGUUGAAUCAAAGGCACGUUUGGACCUAUCUUGACAUCAUACUGCUUCUCUUGAUUGUCACAGAAGGUGGAGCCUAUCACAGCAGACUCCAAGGGGGCGCGAGUGCGGAUGGUUGCUGCCAAUGGGGCUGUUUGACAAGUUGGCAGGAUGGCUGGGCUUCAAGAAAGAGGUGAACGUGCUCUGCCUGGGCCUCGACAACAGCGGGAAAACGACCAUCAUCAACAAACUCAAGCCGUCGCAUGCUCAAGCACAAGACAUCGUCCCGACCAUUGGUUUCAGCAUCGAGAAGUUCAAGACGUCCAGCCUUUCCUUCACGGUGUUUGACAUGUCAGGCCAAGGCAGAUACAGAAACCUGUGGGAGCACUACUACAAGGAGGGCCAAGCUGUCAUCUUUGUCAUCGACAGCGCGGAUAAGCUCAGGAUGGUUGUGGCCAAAGAGGAAUUGGACACCUUGUUAAAUCAUCCUGAUAUUAAACACAAGCGAAUUCCCAUCCUGUUCUUGGCUAACAAGAUGGACGUCCGAGACGCGCUGUCAUCAGUGAAAGUUUCCCAGCUGCUGUGCUUGGACAAUAUCAAGGACAAACCUUGGCACAUCUGUGCAACUGACGCGCUGAAAGGAGAUGGUUUACAGGAGGGUGUGGAAUGGUUACAAGAUCAAAUCAAAUCGAUGAGAACAUGAGACCACCAGGCGGUAGGAGUUAUUUUCAGGAAUGUACAAUCCCAGCCUGGUAGUCAUCAAGGCACCCAAAGCGUCAUCUUUCUCCCGUUGACCACCUCUCUUCAAUUUUGCACCUGUUUUCUAUCCACUUAAGAAAUGUCCACAACUUGCCAUCAUUCACUUAUGAAUGUCUUUUAAGCUCUACGUAGUUGACAGUGAGCAGUU